CAGCGAUAGUUGUCCAACGUUCCGAUCCCCCAGAGGGCGCGGAAACUGUCGUGGAACCAAGACAUGGCACGAGAUGACUGAGGGGCGCGUCUGCAGCCGCCCACAUCCUGCCUGCCUGCCUGCCUGCCUGCCUGCCUGCCUCACUCUUGAUAGUGGCAACGGCCCUUAAUUUCGUCGAUUUGAAGUCUAAUUGACGCUACCGUGCCUAGCCAGGGUUACAUUCUACCACAGUCUCCUCCCCGACGAUCCCCGCAUCAUCGUGGCCAUGUCGGCGCAAAAAUAUCGCCAGCAGGAAAGAAAAAGGAAAGAGUGGUGCAACUUGCAUGUCCAUGUGUAGCAUCGGGCCGCCAUGGGGUCCCUGACCCCGUGGCAAUCCGCGCGUGCGUGUACUACAAAAGCACGCGUCGCGCCGGGCCAGGAGUCGCAUCGUCCCUCUGCUUGUCCAGCGAACCCGCCCUCAGCGACAAACAGCGGCCAACGAACCAUCAGCAGCGGUCACGGGUAAAAAUGCGUUUCCACCUCGCCGUCGGCUUCGCGGCGGCAGCCUCUGCCGUCAAGGUGAAUCCUCUGCCGGCGCCGCAGGAGAUCACCUGGGGCACGUCUGGCCCGAAGAGCGUCGGCUACCUCAACCUCCGCACCAAUUCGGACCACAAGCCCAAUGACAAUUCGCACCUCGUCAAGAAGGCCUGGGACCGCGCGUACGAGGCGGCCCAGAAGCUGCGCUGGGUGCCCCAGGCUACCGAGGCGCCCAUCCCAAAGUUCGACCCCUUCCCCACGGCGGGCAGCGAUGCCAACACCAAGCGGGCCACGGGCGGCGGCUGGUUGUCGGGCAUCGACCUCAAGAUUGACGACUGGUCGGCGGAUCUCAAGCAUGGCGUUGACGAGAGCUAUACUUUGAAAGUCGACUCCUCGCCCAAUGUCCAAAUCACCGCCAAGACGGCCUGGGGCGCGCUGCACGCCUUCACGACUCUCCAGCAGCUCAUCAUCUCUGACGGGCGCAAUGGCUUGCAAAUCGAGCAACCCGUGACCAUCAAGGAUUACCCCAACUACCCCUACCGUGGUGUCAUGGUCGACACCGGCCGCAACUUCAUCAGCGUCGACAAGGUCCAGGAGCAGAUCAACGGCCUCGCCCUCUCCAAGAUGAACAUUUUGCAUUGGCACAUCACCGACACGCAGUCGUGGCCGAUUGAGCUGGACUCGUACCCUGACGUGAUCAAGGAUUCGUAUUCCGAGAACGAGCGGUACUCGCCCGGGCGCGUGAAACAGGUCAUCGAGUAUGCGCGUGAUCGUGGCGUGCGCGUGGUUCCCGAAAUCGACAUGCCGGGCCACUCUGCGUCCGGUUGGAGGCAGAUUGACAAGGACAUUGUGACCUGUGAGAACAGCUGGUGGUCCAACGACGUCUGGCCGCUGCACACGGCCGUGCAGCCAAACCCGGGCCAGCUGGACGUCAUGAACCCCAAGACCUACAAGGUCGUCGAGCAGGUGUACAAGGAGCUGUCGAAUCGCUUCACCGACGACUUCUUCCACGUCGGUGGUGAUGAGCUCCAGACGGGCUGCUUCAACUUCUCAAAGGGCAUUCGCGACUGGUUUGCCGAGGACAAGUCGCGCACCUACUUUGACCUCAACCAGUACUGGAUCGAGAAGUCCACGCCUAUUUUCUUGGACAAGAAGAACACCGGCAACAAGAAGCGCCGUCUCGUCAUGUGGGAGGAUGUUGUGCUCUCUGCGGACGCGGCUGCCACCAAUGUCUCCAAAGACGUCAUCAUGCAGUCGUGGAACAAUGGACUCACCAACAUCGGGAAGCUCACCGAGGCAGGCUACGACGUCAUCGUCUCGAGCUCCGACUUCCUCUACCUCGACUGCGGCUUCGGCGGCUACGUGACCAACGACCCUCGCUACAACGUCCAGUCCAACCCGGACCCCAACACGCCCAACUUCAACUACGGCGGCAUUGGCGGGUCGUGGUGCGCCCCGUAUAAGACGUGGCAGCGCAUCUAUGACUACGACUUCACAUCCAACCUGACCGACGCACAAAAGAAGCACAUCAUUGGUGCGGCCUCGCCCCUGUGGUCUGAGCAGGUCGACGACACCAUCAUCAGCGGCAAGAUGUGGCCGCGCGCCGCCGCUCUGGGCGAGUUGACUUGGUCGGGUAACAGGGACCCUAAGACGGGCAAGAAGCGCACCACCACCUUCACGCAGCGCAUCCUGAACUUUAGGGAGUACCUCGUGGCUAACGGUAUCGCCGCGACGCCGCUGGUGCCCAAGUACUGCCUGCAGCAUCCUCACCACUGCGACCUCUACUAUGACCAGGAGGCGGUUAAAUAAACGGGUGCACUACCUAGACGUCGACAGCUUCUUCCUGCUUGUAACUUUGACGCUUCAAAUCAUGUACAUCCUUUAUAGAUGACUUUUCAACAUCAAUUACAAUCUCUCUGAGCGGCCCG